AUGGAACAAGUCCAAUUUAAACUACACGACGGAUCGAGACGGGCACCCAGUGGAGGAAUUGAAGGAUUAGGAUUUGAUAACGAUCCCAACAAACCCAAAACCAAGGAUCCAGCAGUGUCUCUCUACACGGUGCCCGUUCAGGAAAUCCUCGAACGAUACCGGGCACCCCCUGUUAUGGAAUAUCUUUCUUUGGACAUUGAAGGAGCCGAGUACUUUGUCAUGAAGGACUUUCCCUUCACCACUUAUCGCUUCAAAAUCAUGACAAUAGAGCGUCCAUCGCAGGAACUUGUCAAUCUUUUGUACUCCAACCAAUAUGUCUACCUGGCCGCCAACAACGAGUAUGGAAUGGAAACCCUUUGGGUUCAUCGAGACCACCUCAGCGAGUUGGACACUACUGCCAUAGAGGCCGUCAAAUGGAGGACGGUCAGUACCCGCUGGAUCGAGGUGGGCACGUCUCCCGCGGAGAAACCGCGGGUGAUUGCCCAGAAGUAA